GAUAAGUGGAUUGGUAACCAUUCGUGACAGCAUUUUGUCGCAGAAUACAAUAUGUGCUUUUGUCCCUCUUGGUUCUAAUUGAAUCAGUCAGUCGGUAUGGCUGAUCGAGAGCCCGAAAGUCUACUUAGAAACUGUAUUUUCUUUAUUUCCUUUAGACUUGCCCACCUAGACCGAAUUUCCUAAUAAACCUCCUGAUAUCAGAAAUUUUUGGCAAAGUAAAGAGGCAUUAUGAGCCAAGACGAACCUUUUUCUUCUAUAACCAAACUGGCACAAAGAAAAAUUAAAAGAGCAAAUACAUGAGCUACUGACAAAAAAUAACAUUGUCACCUUUUUGAUAUCUAAAAUAAACAUGACCAUCAGAAAUUUUUGUUAAUUUGUUUGAAAUCCUUAGUUUUAUUAAGUUCUAUAUAAAAUGUCGGGGUGUCCGGAACGAGACCGGCUCAAGUGCGAUGUCUGCCGUACAAUUAAUUUGGCCAGGCAUGUGAAGCAUCCGAAACCAGACAUGCAAAUCUAUGAAAAAUGUACUCCUACCCAGAAAUACAGUAUACGUGAAGAUAGUCAUCUGCAUCCAACUUGUAUAAAAGUCUGCACCAGAGAAGAGUACAAGUUGAAGAAAAGCGGCCAAACUGUUGCUGUACCCAGAGUGCCUCACUACGUCCACGGAAAGCUAAUGUACGCCAUCAAAGCUGGCAUCAUAGUAGGUUCUCUUUACUUCACGUACACGCAAGGAGUUUGGGGUGACCAACGACAGGUUACAGAAUGCAUUCGCCGAUGGCAGGAAUACUAUCGGAGUAUCAACACAAGGCGCCCACCAAUUUUUGACAAGUGUGGUAACGUGAUUAAAAAGGACACAGUUGAGAGUAUAUUAGGACCCGUGUAUGCAAUGUACAAAAGCGCUGUAACCACAUGUUUUGCUGGUGUUGUUAAAGUACCGCUCCUAAUCAAAUGCGCUUAUUUUGAUUACCUGAAAGCUUUGGAGAAGAAACAAGAAGAAGAAGCAAGGGAAAGGAAAUUAAAGAAAAAAUGAUGAGCAGUAUAACCCUCGCAGACAAGUCACUAGUAUUGUAUUGUAAAAAAUUGAUAAGUUAAUUUGUAUCGAGACUAGCAUGGACUGGCAAGUUCGUUUGUUUUUGUACAAAUUUCGCAAGCAAAGGUUGACAUAAUAUGUUAUAUCUUCAAGGUUUUGUGAAAUCGUCAAGACAGGUUAAUAAAAAAAUUCGAUAAUAAAAACAUUGUAUAAAUUAAAUAAAAACUAACGAUUAAAAUGCAUGUUUGUGUCACUGUUAGCACAAGCCAAAUAAUGGUUUCAAACCAUAAGAAGGAGACAAUUUGAAAUAAUGGUAAGCAACAAGAAACGUUAUUAA